AUGGCAAGCAAGCACUUGUCGAAUGUCCUAGAGGCUGCUGGAGAGUGGUUCGAGCUGCAGGUACUGGCGGCUGAGACAGAGUUCAGUGCUAUUGGUAAGGCUAGUAUGGAGUUCCGAGUGGCUGUUGCCAAGUUGAAAACAUUCGAAGAACAGGCUUUACAGCUCAUCGCAGGAACUCCUCUACCAGAAAUGCCAACACUGAAGGAGGAAGCAAUUAUGAAGCAGGUGAUGAAGAUGGACAAAGCCGCCGUAGCUCUGGAUGAGAUGAAGGCGCCGCAGAUCCCCAAAACAGCCCCUAAUCUGCAGAGCGCGGUGCCUCGCUCUGGUGUGGGGAAGGCUCCAGCACGGGUCAUAGCCCCACCGUCGCAACCAGAAGGUGUCACUAAACCUCCGAAGGUUGUGCCCAAGAGCAAGGCAGCUGUUGUUAAGGAUGCUGUUGUUGAGGAGGUGACGGUGGAUGAUGACUCUGAGGAUGAUGAUGUUGGAGCUGCUGCUGACAUAUCUGAGGCAGUAGUUGACAUCACAGCUCGGGAGGAAGCGACUCCUCCGCACCCUGCUGGUGGGAUCGUUAAUCAGUUGAAGAACAGAUUUAUGCUGAAUAAGAAGGAACAGGCAGCUCCCAAGACCCCAAGCGCGGAAGAUCUUCGCCAGAUCCCGUCCCAGGCUAGUAACCCCUUCAAAGCGGGUGACAAGUGGAAAGGGCCUGCAGGAUUCAGAACGCCCCGAUUCGUGGCACCGCCUCCUAUGCGGGAAGAAGACACUGUGGUCUGUGAGCCAGGCCCAUCGGUGAAUGAGGCGGCCAUGCAGAUAGAUGAUGCUGAAGAGGCUGAUGACGAGACGGAGGAGAGUGAGCACGAGAGGAGUAUUUUGAAGACCUGUUAUGAAAGCAAUGGUGAGUCCUCCGUCGCCGCUUCAUCCGAUGGAAGUCUCUUGUUAGCGUUCGAUUCCCUGCCGGGGUAUCCAUCGGGGAAGAACGGACCUACUGAAGAUGACGUGAAAUUUGUCGAUGCUCUCGAGUCGUUCGGGUCUAUUAAGAAGAAUACCAACAAUCCACCAACGCCUGUGAAAGCAUGCACCCUCACCCUGAAUACCACCCCAGUGGUCAUUGGUCGGAGGAGUUGUGCUCCACAGAGACAGGAAUUGAAGCCAUUACCUGCAUUGGAUUCUAACGACCAGUACGAUGUGUCGGAGAAGGAUACUGACAAUUCUGAUCAAGAGAAGGGAGGAAAACCGAAAAUUAAGAAGAGAAUUCCGGAAUGGUCGAGGCAGUGGAAGCGACUGGUUAGGGACCAGGCCAGUGUAGAUCCCGAAUCUGUUUUCGGCGGCGCUGUGCCCGCGACAGACUUGGACCGAAUAUUUAAUGAUGGCAAUUACAGGCAUAUGAGGAUGGACAGACCUCGUCGGAAAAGAGGCUCCAGCGCGUGUUGGUCCUUCGACGCUCUUACCCAGAGGGAGAUUGAUGAGUACCGUUUCAACUGCGGUCAGACUGAGAAAGUUGAGGACAUCUUCGUUGGAGAUAGGCGGCCAUAA